GUAGCAAACGAAGUGCUGGAGGCUGGAGACGAAAAAGGAUGGUCAGCGCGUUGAUGGUGAAGAUUGUGGAAACAAAGUAAAUCUGGCCUUUACGUUUCAGACAAAACACGAGAAAGGAGAAAAAAGAGAGAAGAACAAGUUGAAGAAAUUAGGAAAAGUGGAAGAGAGAAAAAGAGGGUGGAGGCUAAAUUGCCUAAGCAAACAAACAGUAAAAGAGAGAGAGACGGAGAAUUCAGAGACACAACAGUGGUGGGGGAUUGAGCAUGUGCUGUUGCCUGUUGCCUGUUGCCUGUUGCCCUUUAUUCUCUCUUUCGCCACCUCACUACACAUUCCUUUCUUCCACCUUCCUCAGUUUUCACGUCAGGAACCCGGAUCAACAGCAAACACCCUUUCCUGCACUCAAUCGAUUCUCCCCAUUCACUCUGAAUUUAAUUUUUCCAACUUUGACCCACAAAGAAAGAAAGGCCAAAACUUUCCAGGAUUUUUCCCAACAAUUCCAACCCAUCUGACCCAACCCCAACAUCCCACAAAGCUUCCUCUUUUCUCUCAAAAAUAUAUACAUAUUUCUGUCUCUCACAGAGAUUAGAGAUUGGAGAUGGCAUGCCCUGCAAACUCGAUUGUCUACAAUAACACCCUCUGUGCGUGUCCUCCGGGCCAGCUACUGAACCGCACGGCCAACAAAUGCAGCCUACUGGUGGCCAACUCCACUAUUUCCACCGACUCCGGCGUGAACUACGCCAUAGGCUUUCCGAUGACCCUCUUCGACUUCGACUCCAUCAAGAAGUUCUCGCAGUCCCAGGCCAUUUUCCUUGAGGCCACGCUGGUCAUGCUGCUCUCCUGGCUCGGCUUCUGCUUCUUCCUGCGCUUCAUGAAGCUUGGGGAUGGCAGGACCCUCUGGUUCAAGAUCAGGUGGUGGAUUAGCAGAUUGGACGUUAGCUUUUCCACUAGGCAUUGGCUGGGUGACCAGAAGGUAGUUAAGAAACGGAAGACAGAACUCGGUGGAACGUUUUCAAUAGCAAGUUGGAUACUUUUCAUUGGUCUGUUUGCCGCGUUGCUCUACCAGAUAAUUUCAAAGAGAUCCGUUGAGGUGCACAAUGUCAGAGCAACAAAUGCACCUGACUUAGCCUCCUUCGUCAAUGACAUGGAAUUUAAUAUAACCACCCUUUCUAGUAUGAGCUGUUCAAACUUACGCCGUCUUGAUACUUUGGUUACUGGGAAUCCUGGCUUUAUUGACCAAAGAGUUACUCCUCUGUCAGAAUUUGCAAAUUACUCGUGUCAUAACACGAGUCAGGGACCAACUAUAACUCUUAGGUGCAACCGUUGUAGACUCAUCCAAGACGAUUUGUACAUUUCUUGGCAGUUCAUUGAUCUUCCUAAUAAUCCUGCAACUGCUGUUGGAUUUCAAUUCAACCUCACUUCUAGGAAUCCAGAUAAUAAGAAACAUGUGAGCUUUGUAUGUGGAACGCUUAAGAAUGGAAGCAGUUUUGAUGAUAAACCAGUUACAUUCAGAGGGAGAGUUGCAAAUGUAUUGAAAUUUAAUUUAUUUCCCCGAAUUUAUCUCAAUCUACAUGAUCUAAGGCUCAUCCAGCCUCUAUUACAUGAAUUUCUCCCGGGUUCAUCGUUUCAUGAGACGAGUCAACUCCAAGCCUCCCUUGAAAAUUCUAACGAUGGAGUGAUCAAUACCACAUUGUAUGUAAACCUGCUCUCUGCUUAUAUUGUUGAGAUCAACAAUCAAAAUACCGUGGGUCCAGUAAGCUUCCUUGCAGAUCUUGGUGGUCUAUAUUGCAUAAGCAUCGGCAUUUUUUUCUAUCUUUUGGUGCAAUUUGAGUACAGAAUCAAAAAACUCCGCAAUGAAGAUAAUGUUAUGCGAAUGAUUAGAAAGCGGCGAAAGGCUCAAGAUCACUGGGAUAAAUUGAGGAAAUACGUAAAGUACACCUGGGGUUGCAGUACAUUGGAUGAUGACUACAACAAGCCUAAAGAGAAAUCAAGUUGCAAUUGUUUUAUGCUUCAACCAGUCCACAGAAAUGGUUCAUCACGCAAGCGACGCGUACCAAACAAAAUGAAUUCCUUCAUUUUGAGCAAGAAACUCAGCUUGCCUAGUGAGCCUGUAAAAUGUAAAGUUCUUGGCUCCACAGAUAAUGGGAAACAGCAUUCUAUUGGUUUAUGUGAGGGAGGUUCCUCCCAGCCUCAAGCAUUUUCUGUUGCAGAUGAUAAUAUCAUUCCCCUGCCACCUACACUAGAGUUUAAGGCUGGUUCUGAAAUGGAUAUGUCUGAUAUCCAGAAGAAUCUCACAAGUUUGUACGAGUACAAUGUCAUGCUGAGGGAAAAGCUCCUAGCUGCUCAAUCUUCGCUUCAUUCUUUGGCUACAAAGUCAUCAUCUCCUGUAACAGAGAGCAAAACAUAGCAUUUAAGCAAGUAGGAGUCCUUGUAGCACCACAUUACUCAGAAUUCUGUCAAGAGUUCACCCAAGAAUGCAUGGAAUUUUAUAACCUUGGGAGGGAAAACUUUAUGGGAAUAAUCAUCAGAUGACCUUCCUACAUACAGACCAGACUUCAGCUUGUCAUAUCCAAGGCCACUGCUUGGUGAAGAAUUGAAGAGUGGCUUGUGAAAGGAGGGGAUAACUCCAUGUGAUGUUUCAGGCCUUGAUAUGAUUGUUGUGGCUGUUGCUUUUUUUAAUUUGGUAACAUUCAUGGAUGGGCUGCAGCCUGCAGAAUUGAUCUUGAUUGUUGACUGUUGUAAUUGCAGAAGGAAGAGGCCCUGCGCCUGCAGCAUGUUAACAUGAUUUCUGCCUUGUAAUUGUUUCAGAUUUUGGUUCUACAUGUAUGCAUGCAGGAAAAUGAACCAAUCUAUGUUGGCUUGGGUUAUGGUGAAAUGUGAAUGUUCAUUUACUUA